ACCCCCCACAUGCCACCAGCGCGCGACCAUGGAUCGAGCCCGGCCUCACCCUCCUAUAUACCAGCCGCCCACCCCGCUCGCUUGCAUUUUCCUCACGGUUUCACGCGCACCACAGGCUCCAGAGAGAGGAGUUUUAUAUAUUUUGGUCCAGGCACAUAGGGAGGGGAGGAGGAGAGAGCGCGUGGCGUGGCACGUAUGGGGCAAGAGGCCGUCGUGGCAGCGAACGGCGCCGGCAGGCCGCACGCCGUGGUGGUGCCGUACCCGCUGCAGGGGCACGUCAUCCCGGCGGUGCACCUGGCGCUGCGCCUCGCGGAGCGCGGCUUCGCGGUCACCUUCGUCAACACGGAGUCCGUGCACCACCAGACGGCGCGCGCGCUGCGGGGCACCGGCGGCGGCGGCGGCGGCGACAUCUUCGCGGGCGUGCGCGGCGGCCAGGAGGGGCGGCUGGACCUGCGGUACGAGCUGGUGAGCGACGGCUUCCCGCUGGGGUUCGACCGGUCCCUGAACCACGACCAGUUCAUGGAGGGCGUCCUGCACGUGCUCCCGGCGCACGUGGAGGAGCUCCUCCGCCGUGUCGUCGCCGACCCGGCGGCCACCUGCCUCGUCGUCGACACCUUCUUCGUGUGGCCGGCCACGCUGGCGCGGAGGCUGGGGGUCCCCUACGUGUCCUUCUGGACGGAGCCCGCGCUCAUCUUCAACCUCUACUACCACAUGGACCUGCUCGCCGAGCACGGCCACUUCAAAUGCAAAGAGCCUCGCAAGGACACGAUCACGUACAUCCCCGGCGUUCCGUCGAUCGAGCCGGGCGAGCUGAUGUCGUACCUGCAGGAGACGGACACCACCUCCGUGGUGCACCGCAUCAUCUUCAAGGCGUUCGACGAGGCCCGGCGCGCCGACUACGUGCUGUGCAACACCGUGGAGGAGCUGGAGCCAUCGACCAUCGCCGCGCUGCGCGCCGAGAAGCCCUUCUACGCGGUGGGCCCCAUCUUCCCGGCGGGGUUCGCGCGCAGCGCCGUGGCCACGUCCAUGUGGGCCGAGUCCGACUGCUCCCGGUGGCUGGGCGCGCACCCGCCGGGGUCCGUGCUCUACAUCUCCUUCGGCAGCUACGCGCACGUGACGCGGCGGGAGCUGCACGAGAUCGCGGGCGGAGUGCUGGCCAGCGGCGCGCGGUUCCUGUGGGUGCUCCGCCCGGACGUGGUGAGCUCCGACGACCCGGACCCGCUGCCCGAGGGUUUCGCGGCGGCGGCGGGCGGGCGCGGGCUGGUGGUGCCCUGGUGCUGCCAGGUGGAGGUGCUCUCCCACGCCGCCGUGGGCGGGUUCCUCACGCACUGCGGCUGGAACUCCGUCCUGGAGAGCGUGUGGGCGGGCGUGCCGAUGCUGUGCUUCCCGCUGCUCACGGACCAGUUCACCAACCGCCGCCUCGUCGCGCGGGAGUGGCGCGCGGGCGUCUCCAUCGGGGACCGCGGCGCGGUGGCCGCCGACGAGGUGAGGGCGCGGAUCGAGGGGGUGAUGGGCGGGGAGGAGGGCGAGAGGCUCAGGGGGCAGGUGCGUAAGCUCAGGGCCACGCUCGAGGCCGCCGUGGCGCCCGGCGGCUCGUCGCGGAGCAACUUGGACGAGUUCGUCGACGUGCUGAAGCGCAGGUGCGGGGGCCAGUGAUCGGAGCUAGCCGAGGAAGCAUGCAGCCGCGCCGCGAGGUCUGGAAUCCGUGGCAUGUAUCAUGUGUAGCCGUGUAGGUGUAGCCGUUGUAUAGUAUCCUCCAGUGUGCCGUCGAACAUAAACCGGCCGGCUCGAUCGAAGCGUGUGUACGGUCGGCCAUUGUAUUGUUGUGCAGGUUUGAUGUCUACGUACGUACGCCAAUGACCUUUGGUCACCCGUUGCUGAA